CAGCCGGAGGCGCAUCAUGACAAGCUCCACACAGUGAGUCCUCCUCCAGCGGUCGUCUCUGGACAGAGCCUCGCCACGGCCUCCACGGUGGACCCCGCGUUCCCUCCGCUGCAUCUCUUCAAGAGAGAAAUGGACGAGGGCUCCAGCUCGCCCGUGUCUCCGGUGGACAGCCUGGCGACCAGCGAGGAGGAGCUGGAGCGGCAGCAGAAGCGCCUCGGAGGCCGGAAGAGGAGACCCAGCAAGCGGUGCAGCGAGGACAGCAGCGGCGGCGGCAGCAGCCCCGGGCCGCUCAAGCGCGGCAAGAAGCAGAGUCCCAGCAGCGCUCAGUCUUACGAGGAGCUGCAGAACCAGCGGGUCCUGGCCAACGUGCGCGAGAGGCAGCGGACUCAGUCCCUGAACGAGGCCUUCGCGUCCCUGCGCAAGAUCAUCCCCACGCUGCCGUCGGACAAGCUGAGCAAGAUCCAGACGCUGAAGCUGGCGUCGCGCUACAUCGACUUCCUGUGCCAGGUGCUGCAGAGCGACGAGAUGGACAGCAAGAUGUCCAGCUGCAGCUAUGUGGCGCACGAGAGACUCAGUUACGCCUUCUCCGUGUGGAGGAUGGAGGGAGCCUGGUCCAUGUCAGCAUCCCACUAACCGCCGGGGAGCCCCGCUCCCCCUGCCCGAGGACUGUUUACUUCUCUAACGUGUGAAGACCAAAUGGAUUAAAGGAGCUCAAACUGUGACACUCAGACUCAUCACUGUACCGUCGCAGUAAGAGGACACACAAAGACUUGGAUUUCCUUUAACCGUCUUUGAAGGAUAUAUAUAUUUUUGCUUGUCAGAGACUUUAAACCAAAGUAUAUGAGUAAAUUUAUCUAGAGAUGAGUGCAUAUUGUACUUGUGCGUGUGUGCGUGUGUGUGUGUGUGUGUGUGUGUGUGUGUGUGUGUGUGUGUACAGUAGCCUGAGAAGGGACCAAUGCAAUUGAGCAUCAAUGGAUUAAUCUCCCAUUCCGUCCACAUUUUACGUGUACAUUUUUUUUUUUGGCUUAUUUAUUAAAAACGUAUUUUUGAACAGCGUGUUCUUUUUUUUAUUUUUAUUUUUUUAUUGCUGUAGCCGGAUCUUAAAAUGCCCUGCAGUUCAGUCGAAUAAACCCCAAUAAAACCCCUCUCUGGUCAGCGUUCAUCUCCAAGUGCUUCAGGUUCCCUUGAU